UGGGGUUUAGAAUUGCUAUAAGCCGCGGCCAUCGGAACACAGCGAGUAUAAAAGUAAUAGCUCCAUAUACAAUCCGCAACAAAGUGUCACAGUCACUGAUACUAUCAUGAUGCGUUACCAACUGAUUAGCUCGCUGCUGCUGCUGCUCGUUGCCAGCUUGGUGGCCAAUACUGGAGCUGAGGUGUCACGUCGUGUGCGGUACAAUCGUCAGCGUGUGGCCUUUGCAAGACAGGAGGCAUUGCCGACACCAUAUCCCUCGGCGGACGAAUUGAAACCCGAGGAGCCCGCACUUAUCUACGGCCCGCCACCCUCCACCAACGUGGAUGAGCUGCCCGCCGAAGAGGACCCAGAAACAAAUAAAUUCCAACCUGAAACCGAGGAGUCUGAGAUCGAGGCUUUGGACGCGGACGCCAACUCAGUGGAGACGACCACUUCAUCUGCUCGCUUGCGCCUGCUCAGCAACCGCCAACGCCUAAGCCGACUGCAGCGAUUUUCUGCUAAGCCUCAACGUACCGCACGCCUGGAAGAGGUGGCAGCCGCAGUACCAGCCACUCCUGUAACUGUUGCCCAGCCGGCUGUGCUUCCCCAGUUGUAUUAUGUGGGUGCUCAACAACCCUACGUAGUUGCCUACAAUGGACUGCCUCAGCAGCUGACGUGGUAAACAGGUUGAAUGGAUAAGAUGUUUUGUUUACAUCAUAAUA